AUUCGACUUCAAACUAUUAACGAUUGGUAUUUGGUCGUGAUGGAAUCGGUCGUUAAUACUUACGCAAAACUAUUUUAAAUUAUAUUAAUAAAAAAAAAAAUUUACUGAAGGUGGCCGAGUGCGAAAUGUUUCCGCCGACGCGCAUUCGAAGCUGCCUUCCAGUCAUAAACCCGAUGUUCAAGCGAUUGAAGCCCCACAGGCCAUUUCGUCAAGCAAAUCUUUACCAGACAAAGAGUGUUAAUACAACGGCGCAACUUCAGAAAUCUAAAUGGACAAACGUUCGUGCUAUAUUCACAAGAUGGGUUCCUCUUGGCAGUGUUAUGUACGUAGGAUGGUGUUACAUUCGAGCUACAAUCAACUACGAGAUAUCGAAAGUGGAAAUCAAGUUCUACGAAAUGUUUCCAUUUAGAAUUACGAGUAGAUUGUGGGGUAAGAUUGCGGCGUACGAACUCCCAGUACCGCUUCGUAGCUUUGUGUAUGGUACGUAUGCACGAAUGUUUAGCGUAAAUCUGAGUGAAGCUGCGAUAUCUGAUUUAACAUAUUAUAAAAGUUUAUCAGCAUUUUUCACCCGAGCCUUACGUGAUGGCGCGCGAUAUAUAUCACCAGCUCCAUGCGUUUCACCAUGUGACGGUGUUGUUUUAAAUUGUGGACCAGCUAAAACUGAUAGAAUAGAACAAGUAAAAGGUGUUACUUAUAGUUUGGAAGAAUUUUUGGGGGAAAAUAAAUGGUCUGGAAAUGGUAGGAGCUACUAUGACUCAUUACUUCAAGAUAAGAAGAAUAUACUGCAUCAGUGUAUUAUAUAUUUAGCACCUGGUGACUACCAUAGAUUUCAUUCUCCCUGUGACUGGAAUUCUUCUUUCAGAAGACAUUUUUCAGGAAAACUUUUGUCUGUAAACCCUUGGAUGGCUAGCUUGAUACCAGGGCUAUUUACAAUGAAUGAGCGAGCGGUUUAUAUUGGAGAAUGGAAACAUGGGUUCUUUAGUAUGACAGCUGUUGGUGCUACCAAUGUAGGUUCUAUAGAAAUUUACAAGGAUCCAGAUUUAAGAACAAAUACAAAAGGAAGGAGAAACAGAGUAGAUGAAACAGUUAUGGAAAAGAUUUCUUUUAAAAAAGGAGAAUUAUUUGGACAAUUCAAUAUGGGUAGUACGAUAAUAUUACUUUUUGAGGCACCAGCAGACUUCAAAUUUGACUUAAAAGGUGGCGAUAAAGUUCUUGUUGGCCAAGCAUUAACAGAAAUGAGUAAAGAACACUCUAGAUGACUGGUUUAUGAAGACAUUCUCUAUGCGGCUCAGAUGAUAUUGAUGUUAUAUAUAAUGACGCUAAUGCUUUAAGUAUUAUGUGUAGUCAGUGUAAUUUAGCAUAUAAAGUGGUCUCUGGUUGCUUAGAUACUAGAUAGAUAGUAAGACAGAUUAUUUACUACAAAGAACCCAACACAGUUAUUGUAGUGCUCUCAGUUAGAUGAAGGGAUGUAAAUUAAGUAUUAUAAUGACAAAGAAUCAACAUAAUAAUCUGUAAAGCACUUUUUACAUAUUUAUGUAGGUUUUUAUCAUUUUUACUAUACUUAGGGUAUGAAAUUGGAGGUACAAGGAAAAAUAAUAGUUGAUUAGUGUUUAUAUAUAUCACAAACAUAAUUCAGAGAUAAUAUAAAAAAUUACUAGGAUAUUUUAUGUAUAAAACCAAUAAACAAAUAUUUUGACUUGUAGCAGAUUAAUUCUCUCAGGCUAGAUACUCAUUAUGUAUGAAGCUUGCAUCCAGUAGCUUUUAUAUUUAGAUAAACCUAGUCUUAAAGUGUGAUUUAGAACUCAAAUGUACAAAAACUCCAAAAAAUGAAUUAAAUAUUAAUAGAAAACUAAUUGUAUUUUUGUAUUUUGCAUACAUAUAUUGCCGCACUUUAUGAAACUAAAAUGUAUUUUUACAUGUAUAAUGCUUUUGGCAAGUUUUAUUUAAAUUUUAAUUAAAUACCCUGCUAUUGCAUUAAAACAAUUAAACAAUAGAUAGAUUGUCAAUUUGUAACCAGACAGGAUUUGAGAGGUAAAAUCUUGAACAAGGAUUAACAAUUUAAGGUUCAAAUUUACAAUUGUAAUUAUUUUGUUUUAUUUUGGGUACAAAUAAUCGAUACAUUUUCGAUAAUUAUUAAUUGUUAAUACAAAGUGGUAAAAGUACUUGUUACAGAAAUCACAGCAAUAAGAUGAUUUUGUCUAGGUAUUGGUCCAGUGCCCUUACUCAGGAACUGCCAUUAACGAUACCGACACCGACACCAAUCCCAAGAAUGGAAUUUAGUUCCGCGGGAUUCCAAGGUUGUGGCAUUAGCGCUACUGGGGAUAUUGAUUACAACAUCGAACUCUCAAAUAUACAAAACCGACUAUCGCUCUCGUUAUAGGAAGUUACAUUAUGGGCGUUGGUCGUAUUCUGGAUUACGCAUAUAAUAGUUACGUAUUUGUAAUUUAAUCAUUUGUAUAUUCAUGCAAUUUUCUUACGGCUAUUAUUGUAUUAGUGGUGUGACGCUUUCAGUGAACUGUUAAAUAUGCUAUAAUAUAUUUGCUUUGGGGAAAAAUAGUAUGACAUUGAAUUCAGGGUUAAUAAAUGUGUCGUUUUUA